GAUUUAACUAAUUCUCAUCUUCUUUUAGGUUCAUUUGCUUCAUGUUUGUGCUAAGAAAUUAUUUUUCUUAGUAUUUCUCAAUUUCAGGUAGAGAAAGUUCGGAAAAUUAAUCAAUCAUGGAGGAAAACAAAUUGGUGCCCCCUCCUGAAGACAUUCAACAUGUUGAUUUGGGAAAAGUACCCAUGGAAGAAGUAUUUGAUACUCUUAGAUGUACAAAAAAAGGGUUAAGUACCCAAGAGGCUGAACAAAGACUAUCAGUUUAUGGACCCAACAAACUUGAGGAGAAAAAGGAAAAUAAAAUAUUAAAAUUUUUGGGAUUUAUGUGGAAUCCUUUAUCAUGGGUUAUGGAAGCUGCUGCACUUAUGGCGAUUGCACUUGCUCAUGGAGGGGGAAAAGGUCCAGAUUAUCCAGAUUUUAUAGGAAUCAUAGUAUUGCUGCUCAUAAAUUCAACAAUCAGUUACAUUGAAGAAAAUAAUGCCGGAAACGCAGCUGCAGCUCUUAUGGCUCGUUUGGCCCCAAAAGCUAAGGUCCUAAGAGAUGGGAGGUGGGAAGAAAUGGAUGCAUCAUUGUUAGUGCCAGGAGAUAUUGUAAGCAUAAAACUUGGAGACAUUAUUCCAGCUGAUGCACGUCUUCUUGAUGGUGAUCCUCUCAAAAUUGACCAGUCAGCACUUACAGGAGAAUCACUCCCAGUGACGAGGGAUCCAGGGAGUGAAGUCUACUCAGGUUCAACAUGUAAGCAAGGUGAGAUUGAAGCUGUUGUUAUCGCCACCGGCGUCAAUACCUUCUUCGGCAAGGCUGCUCAUCUUGUAGAAAAUACUACUCAUAUUGGUCAUUUCCAAAAGGUUUUGACGGCAAUUGGGAACUUUUGUAUAUGUUCAAUAGCAAUAGGAAUGAUCAUUGAAAUAUUAGUAAUCUACGGCCUGCAUCAAAGGCCAUAUCGUGUUGGUGUAGACAAUCUUCUUGUCUUGCUUAUUGGUGGCAUUCCUAUUGCCAUGCCCACUGUUCUUUCUGUCACUAUGGCUAUUGGCUCACAUCGCUUGUCUUCUCAGGGUGCAAUAACAAAGAGAAUGACUGCAAUUGAGGAAAUGGCUGGUAUGGAUGUGCUUUGCAGUGACAAAACUGGCACAUUGACACUAAACAAGCUCACUGUUGAUAAAAGUUUGAUCGAGGUAUUUGCCAAAGGAGUUGAUAAGGAUAUGGUUGUGCUAAUGGGUGCAAGAGCAUCAAGGUUAGAAAACCAAGAUGCUAUUGAUACUGCUAUUGUAUCGAUGUUGUCUGACCCUAAGCAGGCAAGAGAGGGAAUCAAAGAGGUUCAUUUCCUUCCAUUCAAUCCAACUGAUAAAAGAACAGCAUUAACUUUCAUUGAUGAAGCCGGUAGAAUGCACAGAGUUAGUAAAGGUGCACCAGAACAGAUUCUAGAGUUGUCGCAUAACAAGUCAUCAAUCGAACGUAGAGUUCAUUCAGUGAUCGAUAGUUAUGCUGAUCGCGGCCUGAGGUCCCUUGGUGUUGCUCGCCAGGAAGUGCCAGAGGGUACCAUAGAGAGCGCAGGGGGUCCUUGGGAAUUUGUUGCUCUUCUCCCACUUUUCGACCCCCCUCGCCAUGACAGUGCAGAAACCAUUAAACGAGCUCUCGAUCUUGGUGUCAGCGUUAAGAUGAUUACAGGUGAUCAACUUGCAAUAGCAAAAGAAACAGGAAGAAGACUAGGAAUGGGAACAAACAUGUACCCAUCAUCCUCUCUUCUAGGGGACAACAAAGAUGAUCACAAUCCCGAUAUGCCACCAGUCGACGAACUCAUCGAAAAUGCAGAUGGUUUUGCGGGUGUCUUUCCUGAACACAAGUACAAGAUUGUGCAAAGAUUACAAGAGAGAAAGCAUAUAGUCGGGAUGACUGGAGACGGAGUAAAUGAUGCACCAGCAUUGAAGAGGGCAGACAUUGGUAUAGCAGUUGAUGAUUCAACAGAUGCAGCAAGAAGUGCAUCAGAUAUUGUUUUGACUGAGCCUGGACUUAGUGUUAUUAUUAGUGCUGUUCUUACUAGCCGUUCUAUUUUUCAAAGAAUGAAAAAUUAUACGAUAUAUGCAGUGUCCAUAACUAUUCGUAUAGUGUUGGGAUUUAUGCUGUUAUGUGUAAUUUGGAAAUUCGAUUUUCCACCUUUCAUGGUCUUGGUCAUUGCUAUUCUUAAUGAUGGUACCAUAAUGACAAUAUCGAAAGACAGAGUAAAACCAUCACCAGUACCAGAUCGGUGGAACCUAAAAGAAAUAUUUAGCACUGGGAUUAUUCUUGGUACCUACCUUGCUGUCAUGACUGUAGUUUUUUACUGGGCAGCUUACGACACUAGCUUCUUUGCGAAAAAGUUUGGAGUAAGAGAUUUGAAUCAGUACAAACAUAACAUGUUAGACCCAGAAGUAGUGAAAGAUCUAAAGGAAAGAAUGGCAUCAGCUGUUUACCUUCAAGUUAGCAUUAUAAGUCAAGCACUUAUAUUUGUUACUCGUGCUCGUGGUUGGUCUUUCACCGAAAGACCUGGUUUUCUCCUUGUUUUUGCUUUUCUUAUUGCUCAAUUGAUUGCAACCAUAAUUUCAGCAUUAGUUAACUCGGAUUUGGCUGGAAUAAGAUCAAUUGGAUGGGGUUGGACAGGGGUGAUAUGGCUGUACAACAUUGUUACUUACAUGUUCCUUGAUCCUAUAAAGUUUGCUGUUCGAUAUGCUCUUAGUGGAAGAGCAUGGCGCAAAAUGUUCAAUGAUAGGAUUGCGUUCACGGAUAAGAAGGCCUUUGGAAGGGAAGAAAGAGAGGCGGCAUGGGCAGCCGAAAGAUGGACACGACGCGUUGGCGUCCCUGGUGUGAGGAAGUCUAUUGAUAUGAAAGGUUUAUUUAGUGAGAGAAAUUCAUUCAGAGAUCUCAACAUUAUGGCUGAAGAGGCUAAACGAAGAGCUGAGAUUGCCAGGCUAAGAGAGCGUCAAGGUGGAGUAGCACAAGGUGAAAUCAGCUCAAGUAAUUCAAUUUAAUGUGGCUAGACUAGUGGUUAAACGUUCCUCUUCAAGCUUACACGUAUCUCUAAUGAAUGAAUGAACCA